AUGGAGACCAUCACCAACCUCGCAAGCAAUGCUGCUGGCGCAGCCUCCAAGCUCAUCUACGGCGACCAGACCAAGGCGGACGACGCAGUCGACCAGACCAAGAACAACGAAACUGCCGGCAAGGAGCCUGUCUCCGGUGAGCAGGGUCAAGGCACUGUCACUCAGCCCUACGAUCAGGGCAAUCUUGCGACUGCUGAUAAGGGAACUUUCCUCGACUACUCGAACAACGAGACUGCGGGCAAGAAGCCCGUAUCGGGAGAGCUGGGCAAGGGUACUGUGACAGAACCCUUCGACCAAGGCAACGAUGCCAAGGCGACCGAGAAGGCAGCCGAAAAGACCUCUGGCACAGAUGAGUUCCUGAAGCUCGACCCUACCACCAAGGGACCGACCGAGACCAUGACCGAAACAUCGACCGACCCCAAGAUCUACUCGGAUAGCAAGGACCCGUCCUACAUUGGCAUGCCCAUCGUCCCCCUCAACCCCGACGCUGCUACGUCAAACACUGGCGCUACCUCCUCUACAACUCAGGCCACUGGCAUCACGGACAAGGCUGGAGUAACGGAUAAGCUUUGGAAGGACACUCCACUUGACGACAUCAGCCGUUCAGGUGCGCCAGGUGCUGGUCCUACUGGUCCCAGCGAUGUUACUCCUGCGGCUCCUGAUUCCACGGCAACCACAACUACCAGCCCUGAUCCCGCCAUCAAGACCACUGCUCCCGACUCUGUAACCGGUGCUUCAAGCACAUACGCGGGUGGCGCUGGUAUCGACACUAAGACUGAUGCCGAGAAGGCCUCUGCGAACCGCGAUACUCCAGAGUGGACAUCAACAGGCGUUCCUUCUGACAGCAGCAACUUCGAAGCGGCUGCUGCCAAACAGAACGCUGCCUCUGGUUUGUGGACACGGGAACCCGGACAAAGUCGGGGUAGUACUGACGGUGCCGCAGGUAUGACUGGAGAGCACUCAGGUCGCAAGUCCGAGUCUGCCGAUUUGACUACAUCCCCAAGCGGCGAGGAGAAGGGUGGAAAGAUGUCGCACUUGAAGGAGAAGAUGAAGAACAAGCUUCACAUCGGCUCCAAGGACAAAUAG